AGAUUAAAGCUAUUGCCAGAGCAAAGAUUCUUCUUUUUUCCUUUCUUUCCCUGGGGGGUGGGGGGGUGGGGUGGGGGGGGGGGGCGCCCCCAGAAAUUCCUGGACAUCACCCCCUGCCCCAAGCACGCAAUAAACACUGACAAGAAAAAGUUUUUAUUUCCUGGUUCAACUUUUUUUUUUUCCUGGAAUAUAGACUGAAGAAUGGGAAUAAACACGAAUAAAUAACGGAGAGAGGCCGCGCGCGCCGGGAUGUGCCUGGCUGCCGCCGCCAGGCUAUUGUCUCACCGCCCUGAAGCCAGCCCUGGCCUCGUCCUCCGGCUCCUUCCCUUUCCCUGUCCUUUUUGAUUUUCCUUUUUUAAAAAACGCCCCCUCCAGUCCCUUGGCCAGUGACCUUGGCCGCCUGGAUGCUCUGAUUGCACGCGGCUCCCUCCAACUUGCCCCAGCGCCGCCGGGCCCAUGGCCGCGUCCGAGGACGAGAGCAGCUGCCUCGUGUCGCGGGGCCGCUCUCAGAGUGACCCCAGCGUCCUCACCGACUCCUCGGCCACCUCCUCCGCGGACGCCGGGGAGAACCCAGAUGAGAUGGACCAAACCCCCCCAGUGCGCUCCGAAUAUCUGGUCUCAGGGAUUCGAACUCCCCCCGUGAGGAGGAACAGCAAGCUGGCCACCCUGGGCAGAAUCUUCAAACCCUGGAAAUGGAGGAAAAAGAAAAAUGAAAAACUGAAGCAGACCACGUCAGCCUUGGAGAAGAAGAUGGCCGGCAGGCAGGGCCGGGAGGACCUCAUCAAGAAGGGGCUGCUGGAGAUGAUGGAGCAAGAUACUGAGAACAAAGCAUGCAGUCCCGACGGAGAGCCCCGUGCCGCACAGAGCGAACCCUCCACACCCCGGCAGGAGCCGCUGCCUUCAGAGGAAGCCACGCCGGGGAGCCCUUUGGCCACAGGGACAGACCAGGCCUCCCUGGACGAGCCGCUGGCCUCGGAUAACCAGGCAGACGAUGCAGCCAAGGUGUCGUCAGCAUCCAGAGAGGAAGAAGCAGACGCCGCCGGCAGCCUCCCACCUAGCACAGACGAGCCCUCUCAAGCCUUAGCUGGGUCCGACUCCCUGGACAGUCCUCCCAGACCCCUGGAGAGAUCCGUGGGCCAGCUCCCCAGCCCCCCGCUGCUGCCCACCCCACCACCCAAGGCAGGCUCCAGAACCACAAGAAGUGUCACAGGCCAGGCCACACUCUUCCAAGGCUCUGGCGGGAAAAGUACUGACCCUUCCCUCCGAGGACAGCUUUCCACGCCCACGGGGUCUCCGCAUCUCACCACUGUCCACCGGCCUCUGCCCCCCAGCCGCGUCAUUGAGGAGCUGCACAGGGCACUGGCCACCAAGCACCGCCAGGACAGUUUCCAAGGCAGGGACAGUAAAGGGUCCCCGAAGAAGCGCGUGGACGUCCGGCUGUCGAGGACAUGCAGCGUGGAGCGGGGCAAGGAGCGGGAGGAGGCCUGGAGCUUCGACGGGGCCUCUGACGGUAAGCGGACGGCGGCCAAGGAGUCCGAGGAGAACAAGGAGAACCUGAUCCUGAAUGUGGAACUCAAGGACGACCUGCUCUUGUAUCAGGACGAAGAGGCCCUGAAUGACUCCAUCAUCUCUGGGACCCUGCCAAGGAAAUGCAAGAAGGAGCUCCUAGCGGUGAAGCUGAGGAACCGGCCCAGCAGGCAGGAGCUGGAGGACCGAAACAUCUUCCCCCAGAGGACGGAUGAGGAGCGGCAGGAGAUCCGGCAGCAGAUAGAAAUGAAGCUCUCCAAACGACUGAGCCAAAGACCCGCGGUGGAGGAACUGGAGAGAAGAAACAUCUUGAAACAAAGGAAUGAUCAGACAGAGCAAGAGGAAAGAAGAGAAAUCAAGCAAAGGUUGACAAGAAAGCUUAAUCAGAGACCCACGGUUGAUGAACUGAGAGACAGAAAAAUUCUGAUACGAUUCAGUGAUUAUGUGGAGGUGGCGAAAGCACAGGACUAUGACAGACGGGCAGACAAACCCUGGACGAGACUGUCGGCAGCAGAUAAGGCAGCAAUUCGUAAAGAACUGAAUGAAUACAAAAGUAAUGAAAUGGAGGUACAUGCAUCAAGCAAGCAUCUGACAAGAUUCCACAGGCCAUAGAGAUUUUCUUCUGAGAAGAAUUGUGCUUACUUUUUGAUACCAACACUGAACAUCCAUCAGGGAGCUUUCCUGAAGUUCAGCUCAUUACUACCUGCUGUGUUUGCCAGAGGAGCAGGACCACACACACAGGUGAAAUCCUGGCCACGCUCACCUGUGAGAGAAUGACCAGAGGACACCCUUCACUCUCUGGGGCCUGAGGAGUGUCAACUGUUGGGGACAGGAGAAACCCCAGGGACUCGACCCGAAGAAAACUGUUGUUUGCCUUCCCGCCUUGUCUUGCAGCUCUGCGGUGUGACUGAGGAUGGUGACGUGCGUGUGCAGGGUCACCACACUGAGGCUGUGACCAAGGGACAUGUACGCAGUGUCUUCAGUACCAUGUGCAAAAGACCUUUUUAUUCUCAUCACAAUUAGAGAACUCUUUAAGUUCCUGUUAUACAAAAUGAUUUACUGUAUUAUACUUUUUCUUUUUUUAUAUAAUGUCUAACAAAAAAUACAGCUGCAACAUUUUGAUUCCUGUUAAUUUUGUUCUUUAAUUAAAUGACUACUUAUUGCAGGAAAUUAA